AUGCUCGAGCCUGCCACUCUUUUGAAAAGCUCUGUGACGAAAGAAAGGCUCUUCAUCGACUGCUCUACCAUUGAUCCUCUGACUUCUGGUGAAGUGGCCAAGGCUGCUUCAUCCUCUGGUCAAGGCAAGUUCAUUGACGCUCCGAUGUCUGGCGGUGUUGUUGGGGCUUCGGCUGGCACGCUUACCUUUAUGAUUGGUGCCGCGCCCGAGGAUGUGCAACGGGCCACCGAUGUCCUGUUGCUGAUGGGACGGAGAGUUGUGCACCUCGGUGAGCAAGGAGCUGGAUUGAAAGGCAAGCUUGCAAACAACUACCUACUGGCUCUCAACAAUAUUGCGACCGCAGAGGCAAUGAGCAUGGGUGUAAAGUGGGGACUGGAUCCCAAGGCACUGGCUGGAAUGAUCAACACCGCCACCGGCAAGUGCUGGCCAAGUGAGGUCAACAAUCCCGUACCAGGUGUGAUAGAAGGUUCGCCAGCAAGUAGAGGCUACGAAGGUGGUUUUGGGGUUGCCCUCGCAAACAAAGACUUGAAACUAGCGCUCAAAGCUGCCGCCGACGCUGACGUGAAACUUGCGCUUGGUGAGCCGGCAAGAGCGCUCUACGACGCUGUGGAGAAGGCGGAGAAUUGCAAAGGCAAGGACUUUUCCGUUGUUUACAGAUAUCUGGGAGGUAAAGAAUAG